AUGACCCUCUACGAGGGCCCCCAAAAGUGCCUUUGUUGCAUCAACUGGGUUGAGGAAUACCCCGAGGACAUCAAGGAAGCCGCCGAAGAAACAUCAGAUGCCAAGAGCCACGCCAUCCUCUGUCGAGUGAAGAAGAGUCACGGAAAAGCAAGGAAGCCCCUAGAGUUAGAUUCGAUUGUAAUCCAGAGCCCGCUUCUUAAGUCAACCCUUGGAGACGUUUUCGCGAACUACCCCGGCAUCACCACGACCCUGAAAGAAGUCACCUUUAACGAGCCUUUUUGGGAGUUCUUCUACCGCUGGGACGCUCUCAACGAAGCCCAGGAACAUCAGGGGACUGAUGCUCAGGAGCACACUCGCCUCUUAUUGGACACCUUGAGCAAUCAACUUGGUGCCGUUCACCGUGUUGCCCAAGACCUUCUUCAGAACAACGUGAUUACGUAUGACUAUUUGUGGACGUUGUUCCCACCUGGGACUCUGGUUUAUUCUCGCAUCUUUGAUCGGGACUGCUUUUUGGAGGUCAAAAGCACUCAGUAUCACGAUGGAAUGGCCAAGAGGGCUUACCGCGGUCCUAUGAGACUAUUCGGCACACCAUCCUCCAUCUCAGGAGUCGUUCAUAUUAACGAGCGGAUCGUCGUCGACGCCGAGACGUGCGCGAAGCACGCACUCUCACCUUCUGACAGCUUGGACCCAAUCAAGGGAUACGACGACGGUCUGCAACGUGUAGAAGACUUUCCAGACCGUAUCCUAAUCCUAUGUAGCCCAACUGUGAUAGCGUAUGGCUUGAAAUGCAAGGAAUGGGGCCGCGUAGAUGUGAGCGGCAUAUCCGAUAUAGUGUGGAACAAGGAUGCCUUUUCCAGUCUUGUGUUGGCGGAAGAGACCAAGCGACUCGUUGCAUCGUUCGUGCGAACACAAAUGGCACACAGUCGUUCUCCGGACUUUGACGACAUUAUCGAAGGCAAAGGACAGGGAAUGGUGUUCUUGCUUACGGGGGAGCCCGGAGUGGUUGCCGAAGAAAUGCGCACUCCUUUGUAUAUGGUGAGCGCGGGCGAGCUGGGAAUAUCUUGCAAUGAAGUAGAGAAGGAGCUCACGAAGAUCCUUGACUUGGCAUGUCGGUGGAAUGCUAUCCUACUGCUGGAUGAAAGCGACGUGUUCCUCGAGCAGCGCGAUUCUCAGAACCUCCAGCGGAACCAGCUUGUGUCAGUCUUCCUCCGAAUGCUCGAAUAUUACCGCGGCACAAUGUUUCUCACAACGAAUCGUCUGUCCGUCUUUGACGUCGCAUUCCAGUCCCGGAUCCACCUUACACUCCACUACCCCGAGCUUGACCAUGCAUCGCGACGGAACGUCUGGGCUCUGCUACUCCAGCGCGUGCGAAACUCAUCCGUCUCUAGUGAGGAGCUCGACGCUGUUGCCCAGGAGCCGAUGAACGGAAGACAGAUCAAGAACGCGGUGAAGGCGGCCCAGCUGAUCGCUGCAGACGAGGGCACCGCCUUGACCCUGAAUCACAUAAACUUUGCGCUCAGAGUCAUGCGCAACCCGGAAAAUCCGAGAGGGAUACGUCUACCGAGGGUCAUCCUAAAUGUCUUGGCCUAUUUUGGCUUAUUUUAA